GCCAGCAGCGGCUCAGUGUGUCUCGUUCCAGCAGACUACAGAGGCGUUCUCCACUGCGGUGUGUGCUUGAAUUUGCACUCCCUCGAUGGGAUAUACAAGCAACCUUGGCUCGCCUGUGUUCCUCCGACAGUUUUCUUAUUGGUUCGCGGAUCACCGGCAGGCCGGACACUUGUUCGCGGAGCUAGGUGCACGUCAGCCGGGUGUAUUUGUUUGGACACCGACCGCCUGAGUCUAUGGUGUGUGUAUGACAGCUCGAUGUGUCACGUCGUUGCAGACAAAAGCUUGCUUAAAUGGGAGUUUUUUGGACAGCUGGAUGAGGGGCACGACCAGGGAGGUUUUGGCGUCUGUGGGUGAUGGUCUCUCGGAUGCAAGCUCACGCCCAUGACAUGUCGAUGGAUGUUGCUAUGCUCACUGUGCAGAGAGAAAAAACAGCCUAUAUUCGUAGAGAUGGCUGACGGGGGAGGAGCGUCGACCUUGGAUAAUGAGGACCCCUCAGAGGAUUUCACUCGGCUCCACCAGUCAUAUUUAUCGGUUGUCUAAGCAUAUUCCCCGCAGUAGACCCUAGUCCAAUGACAGCCCCUUUGCCUUAUCACCUUUUGAGUGUUGGAGGCUUUAUGGGAAAUUCAUCCAGGCAAGAGUUUUGCAAGGACAGCAGGAUCUAUUAUUGUUUUUUUGUGACAUCUACAUGGACACAUGGGAAGUUAUGAGUCAGUGUUUGAUGAUUUGUGAUAUGAAUUAUGCCUUAGGAAACAAGACACCUGCUUUUCUUAUAUAUAAAUCUAAAGCUUUCAUAGAGAAACAGCAGUGGAUGCAGUCAAGAGUGGAUGUGCAGUGUCAUCAUUGUCCCUGAAUGAGCAUACCUUUUCGGAAUACAUGUUACUACCUACACACAGCGCAAGUGGAACUAACAUUUGGGACUAUUUCAACAAUAAGAUGCAGAGAUGGGGGCUGGGUACACCCAGUUCUUUGAUACACUGACCCACAGUCCCCCUUACUGGUGGUCGAGGACACCUCACCUCAGUCCAUGGGCCCAGUGUGUAUAUUGAGGCUGAGUUGACAGAGGGCAGGCUACCAGUGUCCGACAAAAGUCCGGCCCCCAUGAAUCCGUACGGCAGAGUGAGCAACUCAGCGCCCCCCCUGGCUUGCACCAGCUGUGGGGGCUGCUGCUCCCCACCACCUCCUUGCCUUAUUCCCUCCACGGCGUCCUCCAUGUCUCCACCACCUUCGAUGUGCCCUGCCCCGAUCAUGCAGGUGGAGAAUGGCAGUAGCUGGAACUCAUCUGGCUCCCCGGACACCCACCCCGGUCACUUGUGUGGGGUGCCCAACCCCUACUGGACGGCUGUGUUUGAUUAUGAGGCUACAGCAGACGAGGAGCUAACCUUGCACCGUGGGGACCUCCUUGAAGUUCUCUCUAAAGACUCUAAAGUGUCCGGGGAUGAGGGUUGGUGGACAGGCAAGAUCCAGGACAAGGUGGGUAUCUUUCCCAGCAACUAUGUGACAAAGGGGGACGCCGCCAACUACCAGCAGCUUACUGUAGAUGGACUGGUGGCUGGUGGGGUGGGUGUGGGUGAAUGCCCGCUGGAGAUAGACUUCUCUGAACUGCUCCUGGAGGAGGUUAUCGGAGCUGGUGGAUUUGGGAAGGUGUACAAAGGAAUGUGGCAGGAGGAGGAAGUUGCAGUCAAGGCUGCGAGGCAGGAUCCAGAUGAGGAUAUCAGUGUGACAGCAGAGAGCGUACGCCAGGAGGCCAGACUUUUCUGGAUGCUCCGGCACCCUAACAUCAUUGCGCUCCGUGGGGUCUGCUUACGGGAACCCAACCUGUGCUUGGUAAUGGAGUAUGCCAGAGGGGGAGCUCUGAACCGUGCCUUGGCUGGAAAGAAGGUGUCCCCGAGGGUCCUGGUGAACUGGGCUGUUCAGAUUGCCACAGGGAUGGACUAUCUGCACAACCAGGCGUUUGUUCCUAUCAUCCACAGAGAUCUCAAGUCCAGCAAUAUCCUCAUUCUGGAGCCAGUGGAGCGGGACGAGCUGAGCCGGAAAACCCUAAAGAUCACAGACUUCGGCCUGGCCCGAGAGUGGCACCAGACCACCAAGAUGAGUGCGGCGGGCACGUAUGCUUGGAUGGCCCCGGAGGUCAUCAAGCUGUCGCUCUUCUCCAAGAGCAGCGAUGUGUGGAGUUUUGGCGUGCUACUAUGGGAGCUGCUCACCAGCGAGGUUCCGUACAGAGAAAUAGAUGCACUGGCAGUGGCCUACGGUGUGGCUAUGAAUAAGCUAACACUUCCUAUCCCUUCAACGUGCCCUGAACCUUUUGCUCAGCUUCUUGCAGAGUGCUGGAGUCCGAAUCCCCACAGCAGGCCCUCCUUCACCAGCAUCCACAGGCGACUGUUGGCCAUUGAGCAGUCGGCCAUGUUCCAGAUGCCCCUGGAGUCCUUCCACUCCUUACAGGAGGAUUGGAGGCUGGAGAUCCAGCAGAUGUUUGAUGAGCUUCGGGCCAAAGAGAAGGAGCUGAGGUCUUGGGAGGAGGCCUUGGCCCGGGCGGCAGAGGAGCAAAGAGAGCAGGAGGAGCAGCUAAGGAGGAGAGAGCAGGAGCUGGCCGAGCGGGAGAUCGACAUUGUGGAGCGAGAGCUGAACAUCAUCAUCCACCAAAUGUACCAGGAGAAGCCCAGCGUGAAGAAGAGGAAGGGUCACUUUAAGAAGAACAGGUUGCUCAAGCUGUGCAGAGAUGGCAACAGCAUCAGUCUGCCCUCUGGCUUUGAGCAUAAGAUCACGGUGCAGGCGUCCCCCAGUGUGGACAAGAGGAAGACACAAGGGAGUGAGAGCACCACGCCGCCCGCCAGCCCGGGCGUCAUACCUCGACUGAGAGCCAUACGACUGACCCCCAGUGACGGCAGCAAAACGUGGGGCCGCAGUGCUGUGUGCAAGAAGGAAGACAUGUCAGCUGGCAAGAAGAAAGGACGCACGUGGGGGCCCAGCUCCACCCACCAGCGGGAGCGGGUCGGCGGGGAGGAAAAACUAAAGUCACUAAGCGAGGGCAGCAAAGUCUGGUCGUCCAGCGCACCGAAUCUUGGAAAGUCGCCCAAACAUGCUCCUAUGACAGUGGGCUUCUCCAGCCUCAGUGAAAUGGAGGAGUGCUGUGAGUUUGAGGAGUCACCAGGUUCCUUGCAACCCUCUGAGACCAGCAGUAACGGGGCUGCUGAGGAUUCGGGGUCUCUGUGGAGCACCUUGGGGUCUGGUGUGGCUUCUGCCACUGUGGGGUCAUCGAGUGCGAGCUCCACUCAGGGUUCUGGGGGUUUUGGGUCGACAAUGAGCCACCAAGACUCGCUGAGACGCUGCAGCCAGAGGAAGAAGAGUGACAUGUUGUUGUUGGGUUGUGCUUCGCUGCUGGCCUCAGUGGGUCUCGGACAAGACCUGCUGCAGCUGGGAAGACUGCAGGUGCUCCAAGAUGAGCAGGACCUCAGAGAGGAGCAGAGGAAAAAGAAAGAAAGUCUUUUCCAGCGAACGGGACGUUUUCGGCGCAGCACGUCUCCCCCCAGCAGAAACCUCUCCCUGUCCCUUUCUCGAUAUCACGACUCGGCAUUCUCCUGCUUGGACCCUUCGCCCUCGGUGACGCUCCUCUCCUUGUCCUCGCUCUCUGACUGCAACUCCACCAAGUCUCUCCUCCCCUCCGACCCAGAUGACUACGCCCUGACCCCCGCUAGGACGCAGGUGGCGCCAGCGGCCACCUCCCUAAACCCGCUGUUGGACUUACGGACAGAGAGUUUCAAGAAGGAGCCCAACCAGUCUCUCACGCCCACCCACGUCUCUGCGGCCAUGGCAAUGAACAGGGGACACAGACGCACACCGUCUGAUGGUGCCAUACGACCCAGAGCACAAACCCUGGUACACCACAGGACACCAUCUGACGGCAGCAUGCCCAUGCCGCCCCCACCUGGGGUACCCAGCAUUAGGAAUAAUCAAGGUGUGCUGGACACCCUCGACAUCCCUCGUCUCCCAGACCCUUUCGCCAUCUUCUCGGCCCCCCACCGCAGGAAGGCUCCAGCCCCUCCCAUCCCCGACCCGGCUCCUCUCUGCCUCAUCAGCCCCCUUGAGAGACCCAAGACGCUUGGGUUUGCCGCCCGUCCCCGGCCCACUCCAGCCCGGAUGAGAGCCGACCCGUGGAAGCUGGGCUCUCUCUCCAGGACCUUGAGCUCGUCACCGGGGAGCAGCUGCGAAAGCCCCCUCGGAUCAGCGGACAGCGGCGUCACCGCGACUAGACCCAAUCUGAUGGACAUGGACGUGGAGGGACAGAAUUUGGACCACACGGUUCCUCUGUGUGGGAAGCUGCCACCCGCCACACUUUGUGGACAACAGUACACAUAGUGAGGAGACUGCCCUGCCACUUUUUUACGUUUUUAACCACUCACUGGAAGCCAUCUGUCUUGUGUGCUCUACUACUGAGCAUCCUAUGAGGUAUGGGGCCUUAAAAGCGAGCCCUAACUAACGUGCACACCAGUGAGGGUCAGGACGCCUCUUAAAGCCUUGGAUUGUGCUCACUGGCCAUCAUCGUUCUCACCUGAUCUUCUCCUGCAAAAAGCCAUUCAAAAGCGACUCUUUGACUUUUAAUGCAUCUGCCUUCUUUCCUUCUUUCUGCUUGCAUCAUUGUUAACACAAAUACAUUCACUAUUUCACCACAGCACUCUUUGGAGGGCUCCUCUUCAUCAUGAACAACAUCACAAACAUCUUAAUCCUCCACCUUCUCCGUCUCCGCCUUCAUCCUCAAAACUCAACUUUCUCCGGCAGCAACAAUGGAUUUAGGCAAGCUCAAAAAAAAUAAUUAUUGCAGCGUUUUUUUUUUCAAUUGGUUUGACAAAAACACCACACCAGGUGAACACCAUUCAUUUACACAUUCAAUCAUUUACUUUUACACAUUAAAUUCUUUCCUUUUUUCUUUUUUCCUUUUUUUUUUUUUUUACAAAGGAGUAUUAUGGCCACACUAAAAGAAAGAAAAUACAAGAAUAAAGUCAUAGGAUUUUCUGAAAUAUUCCGAGAAUAGUCCUAAUAUUAUGAGAAAAAAGGGGUGAAUUUUCAUAGAAUAAACUAGUAACGUGAGAGAAAAGUCUGAUUUUUCAGAGAAAACGUGUUAAAAUAAAAAAAACGCAAUAACCUCUUAGAGGAAAUAAAGCUAAAGAAUUAAGGAAGAAUUUUACAAGAAUAAAGUUGUAAAACUAUGAGAAAAAAGGUCAUAAUUUAAUGUAUUUUUUCAAAAUUGAUUGAGAGUACAAUUGUUGUGUUACUGCCAUAACGCUAUAAAAUUACAGAAAUAAAGUCAUAAUUUUAAGACAAAAAGGUAAUCAUUUUACAAGAAUAAAGUUGUAAUAUUACAAGAAAAGGGUUGUACUUGAAUGACAAUACAGUCAUUGUAUUAACAGAAUAAACCUGUAAUAUUAUAAGAAAAAAGUCAGGAUUCUAUGAGAAUAUAGUCACGAUAAUAACAGAAUAAAGUUGCAAUUUUUCAGGAAUAAAGUCAGAAUUUUAUGAGAACAAAAUUACAUUACAGGAAUAAAACAUAAUUAAAAAUAAUUCUAUGACAAAAAAAACAACUAGUAACUGAGUAAACUGAGUAGUUGUAAUAUUUUUGAGGAAAAGAAUAACAUAAGAAAAAUUCAUCCCUCCAUUUUCUGCUGCUCGUCAUCACUAAGGUCACUAAGGGGUAUGAUGGAGCCUAUCCCGGCUGAAUUCGGGCGAGAGGCGGGGUACACCCAGGACUGGUCGCCAGCCAAUCGCAGGGCACAUAUAGACAAACAACCAUUCAUAAUCACAUUCAUACCUAUGGACAAUUUAGAGUAACGUAAUGUAACAUGCAUGUUUUUGGAAUGUGGGAGGAAACCGGAGUACCCGGAAAAAAACCCACGCACGCACGGGGAGAACAUGCAGACUUCACACAGAAAUGUCCAAACGGUGAUUCAAACCCAGAUCUUCCCGAUCUCCUGACUGUGUGGUCAACAUGCUAACCCCUAGGCCACUGUAUGGAUAAGAAAAAUGUAUUACAAAAUAAUAUAUUGGAGGAUUAAUACGUACAAACUAUAUACAAUACUACAGAAACUUAAUGGCUGCUGGUCUCAGACUGUUUGAAAUGUGUGUGUCACAACUGUAAAAAUCUGGAUUUUAUUCUUGAAAUAUUAAAACAUUUUUCUUUAAUUUACAGUGUGGCCCUAACACACCUUCUUACCUUACCUUUUUUUUUUUUUUUAAUCUCCGUCAAGGGUUACAUUUUUUCGGCACGUGGUGGGUGCAUCCGUUGGCUACGAAGUUGUUGCAACAUAUUGCCAUGUCUCUGUCCUUCUACAAUAUGUAAUAUUUCCUGGUGGGUGGGGUCCGACAUUCCCCCUCGGCUCUCUGGAUGCAUGCUUCAACAUUUGGAGACAACCUGAUGUCACGUCUACAACUUCACGCACACCUACACACAGGACCGCUGAACUCAACACGCACCCUUCAGGACCAAGUGGCACUUUAUAGGAGCCUCGCUUGUGGGCGACUUGCAGCUGACAAAUCAUCGUGGAUCUGACCACUUGUUUGUGGCAGUGGACUAGGCUGACAGUGCUAGUUAGACUCCUGUGUUUGUGUGCGUGUGUGUGUGAGUGUAUUUGUUAUAUGUAUGGAAUGAUGUUGGAAGAGUUGUCCUGUGAUCAUGUACAAUGAGUAUUUAUUAUGAAAUCUAUUGUUAUUGGAAAUAAUUAUUGCUACCAUGCUUUUUCCAGGGAUAUCUGUACACUGUAUAUUUGUUAAUAUAAUAUUAAGGGCAGGGAGGAAAUAUGACGUAUUGAAUCAUCCCCUCCCAUCUCUUGGGCUGUGGUUAAAUGAAGAAUAAAGUGUGUCAUGUGAUGAAUGGUUGAUGUGAGAGACGAAUAAUAAAAAAAAAAAGAUGCUUCAGUGUUCGUAUGGAAUCUUUUUUUUUACUGUAUACCCCCCAUACUGCAACUACAACAGCAAUA